AUGACAAAAGCGGUGACUGAAUGGCCUGUUAAUCGGGUGCGGCAGGAGUUUGUCAGUUUUUUUGAGCAGCGGGGUCACACUUUUGUCCCAUCCAGCGCGGUGGUCCCCCACAACGACCCCACGUUACUGUUCACCAACGCGGGAAUGAACCAGUUUAAGAACCUUUUUCUUGGUACCGCAGACCCCAACACAGACUUUGGUCGCCUCACCCGUGCUGUCAACUCGCAACUGUGUAUCCGUGCAGGUGGAAAGCACAACGACUUGGACGACGUGGGCCGCGACACGUACCACCACACCUUUUUUGAGAUGUUGGGCUCGUGGUCCUUUGGUGAUUACUUUAAGCGGGAGGCAAUACUGUGGUCGUGGGAACUUCUCACUGAGGUGUACAAACUUCCCAAAGAUCGCCUUUACGCGACGUACUUCGAAGGUGAUCCCGCGAAUGGCAUAGAGGCUGACGAAGAGUCUAAACAGUUGUGGCUGCAGUUGCUUCCAGCCAGCCGCGUCAUCGCUGGAAAUGCGAAGGACAACUUCUGGGAAAUGGGGGACGUGGGUCCAUGCGGGCCGUGCUCGGAGAUCCAUUUUGACCGAAUUGGAGGCCGAGAUGCAGCCGACUUGGUGAACAAAGACGAUCCCAUGGUUCUCGAAGUUUGGAACCUUGUUUUCAUGCAGUUCGAGCGUCGCGCGGGUGGUGUUAUUGUUCCACUUCCUAAGAUGCACGUGGAUACUGGGAUGGGGCUAGAGAGGCUUACAUCUAUACUGCAAGGCGCAGACUCGAAUUAUGACACAGACGCGUGGACACCUCUGUUUGACACCAUCCAGAAAGUAACUGGGUUUGAGAAGUCCUAUGCGGAGGUACGCCACGAUACGUGCGACGCCACAGUGGCCUACCGGGCCGUGGCAGACCAUAUCCGCUGCCUCACAGUGGCUCUUGCAGAUGGUGCCAUGCCGGACUCAGUCGGAAGGGGCUUUGUGUUGCGUCGCAUCAUCCGGCGUGCCGUGCGUUAUGGAGUUCAGUUUCUUGGCGCGAAAGUGGGGUUCUUCCAUCAACUCGUGGAUUCGGUCGUCUCGUCCCUUGGGCCGUUCUUCAAACACAUACAAGAGCCGCGAACGGUGCAGCGUAUCAAAGGCGUGCUGGCAGAUGAAGAAACAUCCUUCGCUAGGACAUGGGAAACUGGACUAAAGCACUUUAACAAGGCUGUGGCAGAGGCAGUUAACAAUGUCAUCAGCGGUGAAAAUGCCUUUAUACUGCACGACCGCUACGGUUUUCCAGUUGACCUAACCAGCCUUCUUGCGGAGAAGGCCAACAUGAGUGUCGACCUUGAAGGUUUUCACGCCACGAUGAAGGCUAGCCAAUUGAGCUCUGGUCGCGUGGCGGCGGCAAAGACCUUCAUUGACGUGCACCAGUUAGAAGAGCUUAAGGCUGGCGGUGUCUCCCCAACGGAUGAUUCGGCCAAAUACACGUGGAAAAAGCAUGUGGCGGAGGUGAAAGCCAUUUUCGACAAGAAAAGUGGCAGCUUCGUGGACGUGCUUCUUCCUGAUUCUGAAAUGGGCCCCGAGGAUAUCGGUAUUAUACUUGAUGUUACAAACUUUUACGCCGAGGCUGGUGGCCAAAUAUAUGACACGGGCUGCAUUGUCGCCGCACCGGACGCUAUAUUUGAUGUGAGGAAGGUGUACAAUGUAGGGGGAUACAUCGUGCACGUGGGUGGUAUGAGGUCAGUGGAGGAUGGGGCAGCUGCACCCAUUCCCGUCACGGCGUCAGUGGAGUUGCAAGUGGACUACGAGCGGCGCCUACCUAUCGCCGCGAACCACACCUCCACGCACAUUCUUAACUGGUGUUUGCGCCGUGUUCUGGAGGAGGAGGCCAAGGAUAACUUCAUGGAGGUGAACCAAAAGGGGUCGCUCGUCACACCUGAAAUGCUGCGGUUUGAUUUCAGCUACAAUAACAAGGUUAGCCUGGAGGAUCUCAUCAAGGUUGAGAAGCUUAUCAAUCAAAUAAUCCAACAAGGAUUAGAGGUAUAUCGCAAAGAAAUCGCAUUGGAUGCUGCCAGCCGGAUCGCAGGCCUGAGACACAUGUUUGGGGAGAAGUACCCGGACCCCGUCAGCGUUAUAUCUGUCGGGGUCCCAGUUGAAAAACUUAUCGCAGAGCCAGAGAGCGAAGAGUGGAGGGCGUACUCCACCGAGUUCUGCGGUGGGACGCACCUCUCCAACACGCAAGAUGCGCAGUUGGCUGUUAUUCUUUCUGAGGAAUCCCUUAUGAAAGGUAUUCGGCGGAUGGUCGUCGCAACACGUGACGCCGCCCGUAAGGCACAAGAGGGUGGUAAAGCACUUCAGCAGGAGUACCGGGAAAUCAUGUCUCGCCCCGCCUCCGAUGCCGUGGCGAAAAGUCUGUCAGUGCUGAACAAGAAAGUGGGUGACAGCGCGAUUCCCCUCGUCGUCAAGAACACACUGCGGGAAGAAAUUGACGGGAGCAUCAAAAAUGUCCUCGGAGCUCUCAAGGCACAGGCGGCGCAGAUGAAAGAGAAGGCAACGGAAGCUGGCCGUGCCGCGGCGGAGGCGUAUGAUGCGUCUGCGGGGCCGCUGUUGGUGCGGCAUCUCACUGACACCGGCGCCGACCGCGAGGCAUUGCAAGCGUAUGCAGACGGAUUCUCCAAGGCAGUCUCGGGAGAUGUGGGGCUUUUUCUUGUGGGGAGUGAUGAAAGUAAGGCACUUGCACUUGUUUCUCUUCCCCCCGCCUUCGUUGCUAAGAAGCUGGACGCAGUCAGUUGGGCCAAAACAGCCGUAGGGAAAGGGGGUGGAAAGCCGUCGGCAGCCCAGUCGGGGUUCCCCGCUGCCAAUACUACACAAGUCUUGCAAAAGGCGGAAGUGGAAGCAGCCAAAAUGAUGGCAGUGCUUUUGAACUGA